ACAAGAAACAUCCUACCCGGUUGCUUUCCCGUUUCUCAGGGUUCGGCUAAACAAUCGUGAUUAUUUUUCCUUGUUUUUGUUUUUGUUAUUUUCCAUUAAUUAGAGAAUUAUCGAGUAAAAUUCGUGAUCAGUGACAAGUGAUUUUAUUGAUUAUCGAUGAAAUCGAUGAUAUAUUGGAUUUAAUGUGCGAAUAUGUGGUACAACGAUCGGAUAAGUUUGCUGGGAUGCCAGUAGUUAGUGUUGGGGAGAUACGGUACUGAGUGGCGCCAAUUAGGGGGUUUUUAAAAUUUUCAAGUGGUGAAGUGAUUUUUGAGCGUACGAUGAUGCCGCUCGCACCGACGCCAAUAGUCCCGGUACCCUCGAAACCAAAAAUUGGUUUCAGUAUAGACUCGAUAGUGGGUGGUGGUCGUGAUGACAGACUGGAGAGACUUCAUGAGAGAGUGGAGAUGGAUCGGGAUGGGAGUCCCACGGAGGUCGAGGGCUCAUCGUCACCGAGAUCGUCGAGACGAGUGGUAAGAUCACCAGGUGCCCAUUCGGAGGGAUCCGACAGGCCACUGUCGCGGAGUUCAUCGAUCGAGUCUUAUCCGGUGUCGAGACACAAUGGACAAAUUCAAAGGAGUCAUCAUCAUGUCCAGUCGUUGACGAGUCACAUGGAUUACGGUAGAACGCGGAGUCACAGUGGUGCAUCGACACCUAAUAACAGUCCAAGUCCACCUCACAGAAUAUCGCACGGCGACUCACCGGGGCAUCAUCAACCGCCGCCGGGGGUUGUCAGGCCGAGUCCCAAUUACCUGGGACCACCGCCGAAUGCCGCGACCGCUGCUGCCGUCGCCAGCGAACAGAUUAAGGCCCUCUAUGGCUUGCCAGCUCAUCCAGCGGCACCUCAGCCCGGUCAAACCGAGUAUCACACGCAGCAAUUUGCAUUGGCUGCCAAUUUGGCAGCGGCUCAACACUUUCAGGCCUCAAAUCUCGCUGUCGCCCUUCAGGCCCAUCAUGGCGGAUCUCCACAUGGUCCACCGCACAGUCCUUAUGGACAUGCUGGAGCACCUGGACCACAUCCACCACCUCAUCCUCAUCAACCACCGAGAGACAGUUAUCCUCUGUUUCCCUGGCUACUCUCCAGACACGGAAGACUCUUUCCUCACAGAUUUCCCGCUGGUCCAGACAUCCCAGGCUUCCUUCUCCAACCCUUCAGAAAGCCGAAGAGAAUAAGAACAGCAUUCAGCCCAAGUCAAUUAUUGAAACUCGAGCAUGCAUUUGAGAAGAACCAUUACGUGGUUGGAGCUGAGAGGAAACAGCUUGCUCAGGCGCUCUCAUUAACGGAAACACAGGUGAAGGUGUGGUUUCAAAAUCGUCGAACGAAGCACAAGCGAGUACAGCAGGAGGAAGAAGCUAAAGCACAGCAACAGUCGGGUGGUGGCAAUAAUCCAAAUGGCAAUGGCAACAAAAACACACAUCACGUCAGCAAAUGGCAACAAGACACCAGUGAUUAUCAUCACGAAGAGGACGACGAGGAUGAGACUGAAAUGAUUGAUCCAAAAGCCGAAGACUGCUCGAGUGGCUCCGAAGCGUAGCUGGACGUCGAGACAUUCUGGUGAAGAACAAUCGAUCAACAUUGAAUCGAGGGGAUUAUCCCCUGGGAGACAGGAAAUCGAGUGAACGAGUGAAUGGAGUAUCGGAAGUCAGUGUAAAUGGUUCCAUUGUCUGGUCAAUCUGGAAACAAGACGUUAAAUGGCCACCGGAAACAACAGACUCCAGGAGUAAUUCUUCACAUUCUCAUCAUUCUACUUGAUUAAUUUUCAAUUACCUAAAAACUAAUGCGAAGCCAUAUAUUUAUAUGAAUACAUAUUUGCGCCAUAGAUGAGGCCAUGUGGUGUGUAAAUAAGAGACUUGAUCAUUGACGAAUGAGCAACGAGUGCCAAAUUCAUAAAAAAAAGAAAAAAACAAAACGAACUUACUCUCAACCAUCAACAAAUGUUUAUUAACGAACCCAGUGGAAUAAAUAAAUAUAAGAUGUACUUACGGAUUAGAUUCGUUGUUCCAGGAUGAUGUGGAAGCAGGAGCAGUAUUCAAUAUUAAAAUGUCAUCGAUAAAAUGAAAGAAUUAAAUUAUUUAGUGAAUCUUAGUGAAGAGAAUUUAAGAUUAAAAAUGAACAUGUGUAUAUAUCGAUGUAAAUAGUCAAUUGUGAUUUUAACCUCGACGGUAAAUGAAUAUGAGAAAUAUAUUGUACGGACGAUCGAGAUUAAUGGAAAUGACUCGUGUUCCCUUUGCGAUAUUGAUGAGAUAAAAAAGAGUAACAAACUCGGAGUGAGGAGUGAGGAGGAAAUAAAUUAU